AUGUAGCUUAGUUUUAUUUCUCUCUCUCUUUUUUUUUUCUUUCUUUGUACUAUGAGACAAAGUCAAGACCCAGGCAUACGAGAGGUGAAUACUGUUAUCAGCUCACAAAUAGACAAAAACCAAUAUGAUCCAGAUCAAAGUGAAGAAGAGCGUCGUGACUUGCGUAUAAAAUAUAGAAAAUUGACAGCCUCUGUACUAGAAAGUAGGCGUGAUUUGAUUGCCCAAGAUAAAGGGGAUAAACUUUAUCGCUUUAUUAGUAAAUCCAAUGUUUUAUUUGAGAAUGUCAAGAAUACACAGGAAGCUGUCUUGGAUUCUAAACUCAUGUCAAUUACUGCGGAAAUUAAUAGCCAAAAAACAAAAAGCCUUGAUAUUGGUCAAGAAAAUGAAGUCAAUUUAGAUGAAUUGGUUGCCAAAAUGAUUACAGAAUCAACAAAUGGUACCAAGCACAAUGAAGGUGUUUGUUUAGAUUGGGAGCACUUGGGCAAGAUUGCAAGUAGUUUUGGUAGAAAGGCACAUACAAUGGAAUUCUUGUUGGGUCCUUUGGAUGUGGAACACAAACAAAUCAAGAGAGCCAGAGCAAACAAUUUUGUAAGAAACAAGGCAGAUUUGGUGACUCCUACACAACUGAAGCAAGGUGAUAUUCAAAAACAAGAAAACGAAACCUCUCAAAAUGUCAAUACCAUUUACAAAAUCUUGUCAGAAGUGCAGCCUGUGAAUUAUUUCAAGUUUGUUGUAAAUCCAACCUCAUUCUCUCAAACAGUCGAAAAUAUCUUUUAUGUCUCAUUCUUGGCAAGAAAAGGCGUAGUGGGCAUUGAUGACUCAGAUGGACAACCUAUGCUCGGAUUAAGGGAAGUUCCCAAUGUUGAAUCUUUAGAAGAUGUAAUUAGCAAAAAGCAAAUUAUUAUGGGCAUUGAUAUGAAAGAUUUCCAAGAUAUCAUUGACGCUUAUUCUAUCACUGAAGCGAUGAUCCCUACAAGACAAAGUGUCCAAGUAGUCAGUAAGGGCAAAGGGUGGUAUUAGCUGUAAAUAUACAUUAAAUAUUAUUGUACA